CUCGAUUUUAUUUUGUAACGAAGCGAACGCCCGGAUACUGCCGAGCGGACUCCACUCGAGUUUUUGCAAUCGCUUCCGUCGUCUGCUUUUCAAUUCCUUGCUUCUAUUCCACGCCUCAAUGAACCUAAUCUUACCCGCGGUUUCGCCUUCUGCUGCUCAGUUCUCUCUCAUCGCCGCUUCCCUCUCCUCCUUCCCUCGCCUCCGUCUAGUCUCCACCGUAUUGCCCCCUAAACUGUAUCACCUCCCUUUUUCAUCCCCUUCCUCUCCCUCGCACCGAUCCCCACCAUCGAUGAGUUGGCUAGGGAAACUUGGUUGGUUAGGGUUCGGAAAUCGCGCGGGGCUUUCAUCUAUGGAUACUUCAUCGGCGGCAAUCGCUCAGGGGCCGGACGACGACGUGCCAGAACCGGGGCAACAGUUUGCGCAGUUUGGCGCCGGAUGCUUCUGGGGCGUCGAGCUGGCUUUCCAGAGGGUACCGGGCGUUACGAAGACGGAGGUCGGUUAUAGUCAGGGCAUGGUGCAUAAUCCGACUUACGAAGAUGUGUGCACUGGGACGACGAACCAUUCGGAGGUCGUGCGAAUGCAGUAUGAUCCCAAUUCGUGCCGUUAUGAGGAUCUGCUAGAUGUUUUCUGGGCUCGCCACGAUCCUACUACUCUCAAUCGCCAGGGCAAUGACGUGGGGACUCAGUAUCGUUCUGGGAUAUACUACUACACACCAGAGCAGGAGAAGGCCGCCAAGGAAUCUCUUGAAGAGCACCAGAAGACCUUGGGUCGGAAGAUUGUCACAGAGAUUCUUCCUGCCAAGAAAUUUUACAGAGCAGAAGAAUACCAUCAACAGUACCUUGAAAAAGGCGGCCGCUUUGGUUUCCGGCAAUCUGCUUCGAAGGGCUGCAACGAUCCCAUUCGCUGUUACGGUUGAUGUUCUUAUGGUAAGUAUGCUUUAUAUGUUUUUCAAAUAUUUAUUUCAUAAGCAGUUGGAACCUCUUAAAUACCGUUGGAAUUUAGCUUCUAGUCCGUAAAUGUUGUUGUACAUAAACCUUAUGCAUUCCUUUAUUUUAGUAUUGGGGUGAUGUAUAUAAUGUUUUAUUUCUGGUGAUGUAGGCUGAUGGCCUUAUAGAUGAUGCUUGUAUGGUAUUCAAAAUCUUAAUCUAUAGUUUGCUCAUUUGGUUGAA